CACAAGUGUUAAUCUGCACGUUAUCGUCAUGUCUUCAACCAAACGCGCCAACAAGUUGACUUUAAAAAAAAGUGCAACGAGUAAGAAGCCUUACAUAAAUGCCUGUGGGGGUGGUGGACGCUCAAUCUUAAAGACCGCCUUAGAAAAACCUACAAAAUUAUCCGAUGGUGAUGUGAUCAACCUCGUCACGGAAGAUGAAGAAGGACAUCGGGAAAGAACAAUAGCUACCACCACCACCACCACAAAUGAACUGGAAGAUUUUCUAAAAGAAUAUGAGGGAAAUUUCAAUCAUGUUUACGCUCCUCCAAUUACAACGAUUCCUCCACCUCCCAUGAGACCACCGGUGAUAGAUCCCAGACAUGGCCAGCAACAACAACAGCAACAACAACAACAGUUAAGCCAGUAUCCAUCAGUACAAAUAUUGGAGCACAUUAUAAUUCCUGCGCCGCUACCCCAGGCAAAUACUCAAACGCAGCCACCAGAAAAUGGUAGCUUUACAUCCACAAAUCCUCGAUGGGGUGGCAUGCAUCAAUUUCCAAAUAAUCCAGCUCAACAACAACAACAACCAAAUUUACCACUACAGCUACCUGUAAAUAACGGCGGCAACAAUCACUUUCAUGCCCCGUUGCCUAGGGGGGAAAAAGAUAUGCAAUUACUAAGAGAAUUUUAUGAAAACGUCUCUCCGCCGUCUUCAGCAGCCAUCGACCAAGAAGAGGCGCCACCACCACCGCCGCCAUCUCAUGAAUCGCCCAGAUGGCGCGAGCCAUCCACACCCCAAGAGCUGGCGAUGUUAUCAAUGGGGUGUCUGGAGAAGAUGCUGACAACUUUCCAGGCCAGACAAAGAAAUUCCCAACUCCAGACGGAGCGUUUAGAACGGGAGUUGGAUGCAUCACGAGUUCAAGAUGAAAACCUGCAUCGAGAGAUGAAAUUUAUUAUAAGUUACAUGGAAUUUUUAAAAAAUAAUUAAUUUUUCUUUUCAAAUUUAACUUCACAUUUGUAAUUAAUAAGUAAAACAUUAAUGUAAUGUACCUAAUUUGUAGAAAAUACAUGGAUUAUUUAAUGCGA